GUGGUGUGGCGACUGGCUGUUGCCGAUCAGAGCUGUCCGGCGCCGGGGCCGUGGCAGCGGCGACACCAGUAGCGGCAGCAGUAGCGGCGGCAGCGGCGGUGGUGGCAGUGGUGGAGGGGUAGCGCAGGAAGGCGGCUGAGGGGAGAGUGGUGACUUGCCCCGCCAUCUCCCUCAUCUCUAGCCGGGGCUGCGCUGGGCUUCGGCGCCCUCAUGGAGGACGAAGACUGCCCCGACUUGAUUCCGAUAGACGCCAACAGUGCGGAGGAGACCAAGUGUAGCCCCAGCAGGAAGAUCCCGGUGACGAUCAUCACGGGAUACUUAGGAGCUGGGAAAACAACUCUUCUAAAUUACAUACUGACAGAACAGCAUAAUAAGAGAAUAGCGGUUAUUCUGAAUGAGUUUGGAGAAGGGAGUGCCUUGGAGAAAUCCCUAGCAAUCAGUCAAGGGGGAGAGCUCUAUGAAGAAUGGCUGGAGCUCAGAAAUGGCUGCCUAUGCUGUUCAGUAAAGGACAAUGGUGUGAAGGCUAUUGAGAACCUGAUGCAAAGAAGAGGAAAAUUUGACUAUAUAUUGUUGGAAACAACUGGUUUGGCAGAUCCAGGAGCUGUGGCCUCCAUGUUCUGGGUUGAUUCUGAGCUGGGAAGUGACAUCUAUCUUGAUGGUAUUGUAUCUGUUGUUGAUGCAAAGCAUGGAUUGCAGCACUUGACAGAGCAAAAGCCGGAAGACCUUGUCAAUGAAGCGUCUCGGCAAGUUGCAUUAGCUGAUCUUAUAAUCAUCAAUAAAACAGAUUUGGUUUCAGGGGAAGAACUGGAUAAAGUCAGAACAUCUGUCAGAUCAAUAAAUGGACUUGUUAAAAUUCUAGAGACGCAAAGAUCAAGAGUUGAUCUCUCCAAUGUUUUGGACCUACAUGCCUUUGACAGCUUAUCUGGAAUAAGUUUGCAGAAAAAGCUUGAAUGUGUAAAGACAAGACAUGCACAUCUAGAUAAGGGUAUAACUACAGUAACAUUUGAAGUUCCAGGAAAUAUAGAAGAAGAAAAUUUAAAUCUCUUUAUUCAGAAUCUUCUAUGGGAGAAGAAGGUGAAGGAUAAGUCUGGGUGCACCAUGGACAUCAUAAGACUGAAGGGACUGGUAUCUAUUCAAGGCAAAUCUCAUCAAGUGAUAGUCCAAGGUGUCCAUGAGCUCUAUGAUCUGGAAGAGACUUCAGUAGCCUGGAAAGAAGAUGAAAAGAGAACAAAUAGACUUGUCCUUAUAGGCAGGAACUUGGAUAAGGAGACCAUCAAAGAAGUAUUCAUAGCCACUGUGACAGCAAAACAAGGAAACAGUUGACACUGAACUACAGAAAAAGAUUAAAUGGCUGUUUGUACCUUGCAAGUCUUUCGUAACAGAA